AGUGAUCUAUAUAGAUUUAGAAUUGAUUGUGGAUUUUAAUCAAAAAGUUCUCAAAGGAAAAGCAAUUUUGACGAUAGAAAGAAAACCUUCAACUAGUGAAAUAAUUUUAGAUAACUUCGGACUUGUUGUAUCACAUGUCACAGACACCAAUGGGAUACCUUUAAAUUAUCAUGUUGGAAAUAGUUAUGCUCUUGGAAGUCCAUUUUGCGUACAGUUACCACAAACUGUUGAUACUACAUAUAACUCUAUGUAAAUAUAAGAUAUUUUUAGAAAAAUUUAAUUUAUUAAAAAUUAUUUAUGUAAGAAUUGACUAUCCACAAUACGAUACUUUCAGAUGUAAAAUUCAAAUUGUAUAUAAAACAAGUCCAACCUCUCCUGCACUAUAUUGGCUAACACGUGAGCAAACAACCGAUAGUAGACAUCCCUUUCUACUGUCUAACAACAAGCUAAUUUACGCUCGAUCAUGGUUUCCUUGCCAGGACACCCCAUCUGUCAAAUUUGAAUACUCUGCUAAGAUUUUUGUACAAAAGAAUUUUAGAGUUUUGAUGUCCGCACUUUUGCAAAGAAUAUACGAUGCAGGUCCGGAGCUAGACAUACAUGAAUUUCAUCAAAACAAAUCUGUAUCAUCUUAUGCGGUUAUUAUUGCCGUAGGCUCACUACUAGAAAUAAAACUUGAUGCAAGAAUCAAUAUAUUUGCCGAAAGGAAUUUGAUAUUUUCCGAAGGAAGUUCAAGAUUUGUCAAAAAUAUACUUAAACUUCGUCGUUCAGCCCAAAAGCUAUUAAACGCUGCCGAAAGUCUAUGUGGACCUUAUUUGUGGGGUAGAAUAUUGACCAGAUUUUUUGCUAUUAGUUUAAUUAAAUUUAUACAUAUAACAAAUUUUGCCUUUGUGAACAAUCAAUUUCUCUCUUUUGUUUAUUCUAAUUAUUAUUUUUUUUAUUAUACAUUUAAAAUUGUAUCUUUAGGUAUAUACGAUAUAUGCGUGCUUCCACCAAGUAUCGCCCAUUUCGAAAUAGAAUGUCCAUGUGUGACAUUUAUUUCGCCGACACUACUUGGCGGAGAUGAUUGUUAUAUGAGUCCUCUUGCUCGAAACAUCUCACAGAGCUGGGCAGGAAAUUUAGUUACGUGUUCAAAUUAUGAGCAUUUGUGGUUAAAUAAAAGUCUCAGCAUUUUUACUUAUAGAAAAAUUGGAUGCAUAAUGUAUUUGAAUUAUGAAGAAAUGAAUGAAUUUUUUCAAAGAGAAGAUUUAAGAAACCUAAGUAUGCAGAUCAAAAACUUCGAAAAUAGGGGCUUGUUAAAAUGCUUAAUACCCAAUUUGACGGGUAUGUCACCUCACAAAGCCACUAAAUAUGUGCCUUACGAAUGGGGAUGUAAGCUAUUGCAUCAUCUGGAGAGUAUCUUAGGAGGAUCUGCAGAAUUUGAAAAAUUUCUUAAAUAUUAUUUUCGAAGCUUUGCGUACAGAAGUAUCAACACUAUAGAUUGGAUAAAUUGCUUGUAUCAAUAUUUUCCUCAUAAAAAGAGGAUAUUAGAUUGUGUUGAAUGGUACUUAUGGCUCUUUAAUAUCACAUCACCAUUUAUCGUGCCGAGAGAGUCCAUAUUGGAAAUACACUGUUUCCGUUUAGCACUAGAUUGGGAACCUGAAAAUAGUGAUAUUAUAGUUAAUAACAGAAAUUUUCAAUUAAUUGCAAAUGAAUUUUGUGACGUUGAGAGAAUAAUAUUCUUAAUCUAUCAUACCUUUAAAACAAAUCUAACCAAGGAAGAACUACGAUCAAUGACGCCUAUUUUUGCUUUCAAUAUACGAAAUGUUGAAAUACGACUCAACGAUAGACGACAACAUCGAUUCAUAGUGAUGCAUGACGACAAUUUCUGUUGGAGAAUCAAAAAAUAAUUAAUGGACUGUGCUCUGUCUGGGCCCCAUGAGUAAACAGUUAUGGGACAUAUAUUAAUCGUUAAGGGGGGGGGGGGUAUUCAUGAAGUACGAAAUAGAAGAUUUUACCUAAUUAAAGUUUGACGAGCGUACAGACCUUAUAUAUAUCUUUCUCUUCAGGUUUCUUUUUCUCAUCAGAGCUCUCUAAUUGUACAAAAUUAUUACUUGCUACUGUUGUUACUGGCACGUGAAUGUCUUUGUCAAGAUAUUGGCAUAUCUCAGAUACCAUAACUGUCAUCACACGCGCACCACACUUAACGACAUCUAAAUCCGAAUUUCUUUGACGUGAUGACAGAGAUCACGUCCAGGGACUUACAGGAAACAUUUGAUACUGUCCUUCAUUGAUUUUGAAUUGGUUUGGAUUUGGAUAUGCUAUAAAAUAGCGAAAAAAAACAGACGUGUGUUUUAUCGGUUUCGAGGCAUAUAAGAGAUUAAAGAAAUUUUAUACAUUUGAUAACAAGCGAUUAUCUCCGAAAUCGUGAGGUAUGUAUAUAAAAAAAUAAUUUAGACAAAAAAGUUACUUUAUUAAGUGAUCCUUGUAAUUGUGUAUUUAGAUUUUUAGAUUUUUUGCCAAAGUAACGUUGAAGAGUAGGGAUAUGUAAAAAAAUAUGAUUAUUGUGCAUUCAGAUU